AUGGCGAUUGAAGAGUGUCCCCGGAGUCGAUUCCUCGAGCUUCCUCAGGAAGUCAGAGAUUUGAUCUACUCCUUCGCCUUCGACGAGACGCUCAGUCCGCCGCCUGAAUACAGGGAAUUCCUCGACGACAAAGAAGUCUCUCCAUCCCCCGAACCCUCCGUCUUCGGCAUCGACGUCAAACCCUCGCCCUUCAAAACGCACUACCCAUCCACGCCUCCACGCCCUGCUUGGUACGCCCUGCUCCUUUGCUGCCGCCAGACCGCCGCCGAUGUCCGGGAGUACUUCACCUCGAAAUCAUGCCACUCCGACGACACGGCGACCCUCACGUUAACACUAACAUCCACCACCGCAAAAGCCUUCUGGACGUCCCUCCCCACCACAACCCGCAACCUCCAGAUCAACCUCCUCGUCACCCACUUCUUCGACGCCGCCCUCCUGCACCCCUACCCCUCCCCCAAGGACAACAUCGCCCUCCACACAAUCUUCAACCUCCUAAAACGCUACCUCACGCGCGGCCCUCAUCUCGCCCACCCCUCAAAACUCCCCGAGCCAACAAGGCCUUCACUCGAGAGCGUCACGAUUAAAGUCGCCCCCGCGUGGAAAGAAGAGGAUAUGGCGUUCAUGUACGGGAACCCUGCGGAGCAGUUGGGGGUUGUGAAGGGGGUUUUGCGGGGUUGGGUGGAGGGGUUUUGUGCUUCGGCGGCGGUGCUGGGGGGGGUGGGGAGGGUGGAGGUUGAGGGGGUGGGGGAGUGGGUCGUUACGGGGGAUGUUUGGGAUGAGGAGGUUGUGACCCCAGCGUCAUUCUACGACACUUUCAUCGACAUCUACUACUUCUUUCUUCACGGCACAACCUACACCAUCCUCACUACCCUCUCCACUACACCAUCCAACAAACCCGAUCACCCUUCCAAAAUGUUUACCACGCCUACUUCCGACGUGUCCGACGAGCUCAUUGCGGCUCAGCAGAUCAAGCUGAAGGAAACACAGCAGACCAUCAACGACGGUUUCGAGGCGGCCUACGAGAGCUUGCGCGAGUGGCAGAAUACCAUGGCAGUUGCUAAGGUUGAGGAGGCCGAGGCGAAUGAGAAGCGAGAGGCUGAGCUGGAUGCUCGGGGAUGUUGA